AUCAAUCGGUGAGUGACGCGCAUAGGACAAUCCGCUCGUCAGGUAUAUAAAGGUAUCCACCAAAAAGCAAGAGCAUCAUUCACUCCCAGUUCAACACACGAGCUGAUCUCCAAAGAUCUACCAAACCUAUCAACAAUGAAGUGCUUCGUUGCUAUCGUUCUCUUGGCUCUGUUCGCUGUAGCCUUCGCUGCAGAGAAACCAGCAGAACCUGAAAAGAUUGAACAGCUGUCAAACGCAGAAGCUGCGGAGGCACCAAGAGACAAGAGAGGCCUAUUGCUGAGCUACACUGCACCAGUUGCACCAGUUGCACCAGUUGCAUACACUUCUUACGCUGCAGCACCAAUUACCUACAGUGCUAGUUACAGCUUGCCCUAUGCCUACCGCUCGUACCCUUACUACUACAACUCUUACUAUCUGGGUUAAAUCACAUGCCUUAAAGCUAACGCUAUGGGAUGUUCGUAAUUAAGACUAAGGAAACGAUAAUGGCAAUUGCAAGGAUUUUUAACUGAAUCGUUUACGCUACAUUAGUUUAAGUAAGCCCAGAAUAAAAGCUAGACAAAAUUUGUUCCGAUGUUAACUUUCAGUGCGCUCACCACUAUUUUUGGAUCUAAUUUCCAAUGUACACAUGUUUCGGCAAACUCAUGUUAAAUACGAUACUUUGUUGUAUGUUACAAUGUUAAAUACAGAAUACAAUUCAAUUUA